AUGACAGAAGCUUUAGUUCAUCAUGAUCAGGAUGAGGUAAGAACCCAAGUUCUUAACGCCAUCUUUGCGAAUCUGUGUUGUACGUAUAUAGGUACCGAAAAGCCUACGUAUGUAUCCGUACCGUUAGUAUUUCGCUGCCGUCGACUACAAAAUUUCGCUUUCAGCUUACUUCAUCAUUCCUUCUUUAUAGAGUACAAAGUUUUUCCCCCAUUUUUCAAAUGUCUUAUUAGAUUGCGGUUGUGUGAUGAUAUUUUUAUGUCUUUCUACCAUUAUCCGGUCGGUUUUCUUCUUGUUGUAAGGAAGAAAGUACUAGAAGAAAUAGGUUUUGUAUUGUGUCGCCCGGCAGGCAGCCGAAAAUGCUAUAACGCGUUUCGUGCUUCACAUGAUUAAAAUUAAGCUUGCAGCUUACCACAAUGCCAUCGCACAGAAACAAUUCUCUCUGGCUUGCAUGAAUAGUGGUAUGCCUAGCACAAGAGAAAAUUUCAUCGAAAACAUUUAAGUUAAAGCGUAGGCAAAAAUUUUUGACAAGUUAAAUUGUAUGCUAAAUUCCGAGAAAGGGAAUGAAAAAAUGAGUUAAAGUUUACUGAAUCUUAAUUUCCCUUGGGUGCCGUUGCAAUUAGUCAUAAUUAAACAGCAAUGUUGAAAUUAGCAUUUUUCUUCAUUUUUAUUGCAUCGCGUCCAGUCAUAAUGACAAAGUUGAACAAAGAUGUAAGCUUAUAUAAAGUUAUACUUUUAACAAAAUUCUACAUUUAGUUUACUAACCAUUUAAGCUUAUUUUGUGAGAUUUAGCCUUAAGCAAAGCAUGUCCACAGACUACAGAUUUCAUGCAUACAGGAUGAAUUUAAUAAUUGUGAGAGGUUAUAAAUGUUGCAUUUCCAAAAUCAUAACAGCCAAUCAACUGCCAUACAGACAUUCUUGUAAUUGUUCUUAGUCUCUUUUUACAGGCAUGCUAGAACAGAUACUCGUAACAUAUUGCCUUUGCAUUAGACAAAAAAAAGUCCAAGAAAAAUAGCUUAUUUAUAUUGGUUUUCAUCAUUCGCACUCCCCUCGUGUUUCUUAAUACUAACCACACCUUUCAGCCUUUUAAUUGGCUAAUAUUGGUGGAUAUUUACAUUUUUCACAGCGUGAUGAAUUAAUGCGUUCACAAGGCCGUUAUUAAAUAUUAUCCCCUACAGACUGUAGUUUUUAUAGGUGAUUAAAUCAAUGGGUUUUUUGUGAUCCUCGUAUGAUAUUUUGAUAUAUGAAACUUGAUGUGUAGUACACGAUUUAGACUUGUUGGUUGUUUAUUAGCCACCAUGUGUUUCUUAAUGCCGGCCACACCUUAAAACUUCCUAAUUGGCUAAUAUUAAUGCAUAUUAUUUUCUAUAUUUACAUGUGAUGAAUUAAUCCGCUUCUUAGGUGGCUGUUGAAUAUUUGCCCUCGCUGAUUUUGUUCGUUAGACAUGAUUUGCCUUUCCUUCGUUACUGUAAACAUAUUCAAUGUAACCCAGCGAACUUUGUUUACGAUUGCCUGCUUGUUUCUGAAUAGAGACCCUCGCUGAUGUAAAUGGAUGUUUACGCCAUUUACUCAAAAAAUGCGGAAUCAAGCUGCUCAAUUUUUGUGUUAAGUAUUACUGCUUGUUUAUUGCAUAUCUGUUUACCCUUUUCGUUGAUGCUUUCUGUACGUGUGAGUAUUUGGUCUUAAAAACUCUGUGGUUGAGUAUUUUUCAAAUUGUAGAUGUGCUAAAUUAACGUACCCACUUUCCAGAGUAAAAGUUUAGAGGUUUUUUUUUUUAUUUUUUCGCCAGAUGUUAUUUUCUGAUUUUCUAUUAAACCGCGUUUUUGAGCCUUAAUUCUUAUGUAAACAUUGUGGAUUACAAAUAAGAAUUAAUAGAUUCUUUUAAUAACGGAAGAUAUAUCUGAAAUACAGGAAAAGAAACAAAUAUCCCUUGAAAACAACCAUGGCAAUAUUUAGAAGUUAAUGUUGUUGAAUAACCCCUUAGAUGGAGUCGAGGUGCGUGAUUGUUCGACAAUAUUAACUGAGCCUGAGGUGAAUAUUAUUCUUUAAGACAGUAUACCCCACGCUGGGUGAUUGUCGCGACAUAUGAUGCAAUCCUCAACCAAUAAGUGUGUGUAUCUCUAUAAUUCAGCUGAGUAUUAUUGUGGUACUAUAUUUCAUUUUAAGGCUUUGAAUACUGAUCUCUGUUAUAACGUAUUUCAUAAUGUGGUUCAAUGUACAUUGUAUUUUUGAGAAAUAAAAAGUGCAUUUUUUAAAAAAUGAAACCAUGGUGGUGAAAUUGUCUUUUUAGUGAACUAACUAAUGGCAGUUUGAUUUAAUUUUUUGACCAAAUAAUAGUCCACUUAAGCGAUUAAUCUUUUCAAAUGUAAAACCUCUUUGCAAUGCUUAAUUAAACAAUUGGGUCGCUAUAAUCCUUUCGUUUUCAGUCCUUGAAAAGUGGUGUCUGUUUUUUAUGAAAAUGUUGUUUUUAGUUUUAACAAACUGUUAAGUGAGAAGUGGUUUAUGCUGAGGUCCUCUGAGGAGGUAACAUAUGUAACUAGUCUGAAUUUCAACACCGGUCAUUUCACGUAUUAAGAAAACGGCCAUAGUCACUGUUGGAAUUUAACUAUUGUCUUUCUUAAGACUGUAGUUGUCGCUGUCGCAGUGCCAAACCAUUUUCAUGUCAUCUGUCACCAUUUCAUCCCUCUUACAUUGCUUUUUAAGCCCAUGUCGCUUGUCUGUAUGUCUCUAUGCUGUAUUUGUUCCACUUCGUAAAAGUACAAUUUAUGGAAAGUUUUAGCUUUGUUGCAAGGACAUUGAUGAGUUCCUUUGAAAAACUUGAGUGGUAUUUAUAAAAUUGCCUUUAACUAAGUCUGUGGGUUUCGUGCUCUUUGUUGUAAAUUUUUAUUGCGGUCUUACAUUAUUUUCUUGCGGGAGUGAUUUGUUUUUCUAAUAAUGGACCCAACGUACUGUGUCUAACACAUAACAAAAGUGAAGUUAAGAUUGACGUGUAAUGAAAUUAUUUCUAGCAUGUUCAGUUGCACAUCCAGUGUUUAAUUACUUUGAAGCUUUGCAGAAAUUUGUAAUUACUAAGAUUAUAAAGAAGCAGAUGAAUGGAAAAUGUUUUUAGUACAGCAAUUUUCCUUUCUUUUCUCUUUAAGUUUUUCUUUCCAAAAUUAAAUGUUGUCAAAAUUUUUUUAUUACGGUGUGUAUUAUACGUGGGUGUGCAUUAAAGAAGCGGAUGAAUGGAAAAUGUUUUUAGUAUAGCAAUUUUCCUUUCUUUUCUCUUUAGUUUUUCUUUCCAAAAUUUAAUGUAGUCAAAAUUUUAUUACGGUGUGUAUUAUACAUGGGUGUGCAUUAUAUAUUGGUAAAACGGUAACCAAAACUGCCGUGAACAAAGAUACAAUUUUUUACCAUUAAUUUUGAAGAUGCAUGAAUAUGCAAAGACACAAAGCAUCUAAAAGACAUCUAUAUAUAUGUUAUGAACAUGUAAUAAAAUUUUAUUCAUUAAUAAGCUUUGCAAAUGAACCAUGUAAACAAAAAAAUUGUAGUCACAAGCAUGUUGCAAUGUUAUUGUUAUUUAAUUUUUUUCUUUAAUCGGGUGUCCUUAAUCCCUCUUCAUUAAGCAGCUGUGUAAAGCUAAUUCAUAGUGGGUGGCAAUUGAAUAACUAAUAAUGCUCAAUGUCGGUCUUGGAAAAAAAUCAUAGAUCAGAUAAAAUAAAUAAAAGUCUGCAGGCUUCUCAGAAAAAGGAACAAUCCUUGUCACACCUAAUCUCAAACUGUAAGAGAUGUCUCUGUUAUGUUGUGUAUGAGUGAACUUUUUUCAACAAUGUCUAAUUACAUAUUUCCUGUUUGGCUUGGGUGUUGUAACAUUUUUUGCAUUUUAUUAUGAUUGGUGGCAGGAAACCAUGUGUUAAAUUCUUAUCUAGCCUGGUAUGAAAUCUUUAAAACCAAUCAAUUAACCUCUGAUAAACAAUUUGAAAAUGAGAAAACUGUGGCUGGACUCUAUUUUGAAAAGAUUGAACUUCCAUUCACAAUUUCAGGCCUCUAUGGUUUUAAGACUUAGAUUGCCAUUAUUUAUUUUGUCUUUGAAAAAUUUCUGGAAUGAAUUUGUUUAAACAAGCUACCUCUUUAGAGGUAAUCUGAUAAUGUUUAAGUUUAGAAGAUCAGGUGAAGACAAGCAAACAAAGCUCAUUGUUAGCUAAUAAGGUUACCCCCAUCUUUGAUAUAGCUUCUCAAAGAUUAGAAAAUGGUAAUUGAUCUAGAUAGGAAAUAUAACUGUUGAAAGAAGCUAAGAGGACUCUUGAUUAACCACCUCUAGUGGUGGCCAAAGCCAAAUUUCAAUUUAAGUUAUUAUCGUAAAGUACCAUGCAGAAAGUAUAUAUUGCCAUGUAAGAGCAGUGCCAAAGAGCUUUCAUUUGAAUGGUCACAUCGCACCCACACAAAAUGAGCUCAUUGUACAUUUUCUCUUUCUUGAAAGUGUUAUUGGAGACUUGUUUGAUGUAUUGGGCAUCAUUGUGUGGAUGACUGACUUUCUUUCUUCAUUGUCUUUUUAACAAAAAACCCUAUUUUUAACUUGUUUCACCAUUCAGCCCUUAACAGAUUAGUGGAAGCUUAAACUAAGUAAAAUUUUAAUGAGUAACAAAAUCAGUAUUGGCUGGUGAAUUAUUUGCUUUCCCAAAAAUACAUUUGCGACUGGUGGAUUGAUUCGGGUGAAAGACAGUACUGCAUAAUUGUUAUUUUCGUUAACUCAGGCAUGUUGAAUUUGCAUCAUGCACAUGUAUCCCAUUAAUCUAUAAUUACCACUAGUUUUCAAUUACAGAACACACUGAAAGCUAAAAGUGAACAUGUUUAGAGGGGUUAUCGCAAAUAAACCAUAAUAUUGUUAUUAUUGUUUAUAAUCCACUUAGUAUUUGUGUAUAAAUGACUUUCAUUAAGGGAACAGACUGCAUAUUAGAAAUCAGAAUUCAGGGCCCAAAUUAUAGUCUCACUCAAGAUAACUAGUGUUGAUGGGUCAUUUUACUGACAUCAGUAAAAUGUUCACAGGUGAAAUAUGCAACUUUUGAUUGCUGUUGGUUUCUUUGAUUUUAGUUGCUAUGGUCCCUCAUUUGGGAAACUUUCUUGACCUUCCAGGGAAAUUCCCUUUCAGAUCCAGCACACAAACAUGAAUUUUUGAGAAUUCAGAGAACCAGGCUCUAGGGACUCAAGACGUUUUGUUUGUCUCAUUAGUAUAAAAUUUUUCUCGUUUAUUACCGAGCGUAUUAUUCUUGGUUUAAACAAUGCAACCCUCCAAGUUGUGACCAUUUUCGUCACCAUGGCUUCUAAAAUUUUGGAGACUCUGACGACUUGACUUGUAAAAAAGUCUCCCUAAACCAAAAGAGUUGGUUGCCAAAUGGCGACAGGGCAAAAACUUUAAUGUGGAGGGUUGUCAAAUUAUAUUUUCAGCCUCUGUUUUAAACUUAUUAUCACAUCUUACCAUACCCCAAAACAAAGAAAGUUAAAAGAGACACUAAAGGAUUAAUAUUGAACCAGUAAACCAUAUCAGAUACCACAAAUGCUAAGCACGCCUGAAUUCUUUUUUUUUUAAUUUUCAAAUAAUUUCAGGAUGGGAAUAAUGGACAACCAAAGCUGAAACGACUCAAAGCAUUAUCUGAUGAUGUAGGUAUGACAUCCAGUGAAAAUGAUGAGCAAGACAUAGUUUAUGGUGAACUUGUAGUUCUGGGGUAAGUCUACAGAGUUUGCAUGUAAGUAAGAUAUCUAAGCCCCAUGAUGUCCAGACUGGAAUGCUUGCAAUAUUAUCACUGUUCAGAGUAUCCCACUGAAACGGCAGAGUGAUGAUACAUGUACAUUAAUCCCAACUGAUGGAUACAAGUGCUGCCUGCUGUUCAUAUUUUGAAGGAGUUUGGUUAUGGAGUUGGAUUUCGCAUGAAGUUACUGCCCUUAUUAAAAAAAAAGUAUCUGUGUUUUAUGGUGGUGUCAGUAUAAAAAUAAAGAGGUUUAUAAUCAAGAUGCUCAGUGCAUUCUGCUCAUUAUUUACAUUAAAUAAAUAAAUAAAUAGGAAUGACUUUCAUUAACUGGGGACAGACUGCAUUAUUGGAACUGAAAUUCCAUUUUUUUAAUUGAUGAUUGAAAUCUUUCAACAGUACCCCUUUCAAAUCAACAAAUCUUGAUUAUUAUUACUCACGUAAGCCAAAAGUUAACAGAAUGAAAUAAAAAAAAAACGUUAAAAGCUAAUUGUUUCAAUCAGCUAGACUUUGUGGAGAAUUUUCAUAAACAGCCCACUUGCUUGUAAGAAUCCUUCUUUGAAGAGCCUCUACUUACCUCUAAAUAUACCUGAAAUGGAUAUAAGUUGGGUGAGCACAACUCAGGUCAGACGCUUGGAGCCACCGAUAGUGCAUGUGUAUAAUUAUUUGCCUGAUGUCAAUAGUAGACCAAUCAAUUUUCCCUAUUUGGAAUAAUGCUGUCACUGGAAUGUCCAAAAUUUUGAUUCUCACAAGGCAAUUCAUUCCCAAUAAUUAAUGGGAGUCAUUCAUCAAGAAUAGACAGUUUGCAUCAUUGAUGACGUCUUUUUACUACUAAGACCAGAAGUCAUUUCGUUUUUGCUUUAAUAUUUAAAUUAAGUAAUCCCAGCAAGGUUUAAAUAACAAAAGGCUUAAUUUACACUGGAAGAAUGCAAAACCCUGAAGAAUUCUGGUGGUACUAGUAAAAUGAUGCCAUCAUGCAAAUGGCCUAUUAUUAAUAAGUGGAACACACUGAGUACUUUGGCCCUAGUUGUCCUGUGAAGUUACAGAGGGUGUAUUAGUGUUUGUGUUAAUGUGUGAAUGUGUAAUUCUUGGCCAGUUACAAUGGUUCUCUUGAUGAUGGAGAACUCGAGCGCCGUCACCGAAGCUCGUAUAUUUUGAGACAGAAAGGAUCUCCCUCAGGAGUGCAACCCUACAAACUACACCUGGCUUCGUCCAAUACGGGAAUGCAGGUGUGUGCAGAUUAUACAUUUAAUCACAUGUGUGGCAUGUGCAAAUUUCACAAAAUGCAAAUUAUAAGUGAAGGCUUUUUAUGGGCUGAGUGGCUCUUCUUGCAAGUGAUUUUUAGCCAGGGUCAAACCUAUAGAAUGAAGUGACCAGAAGUUUUGUGACGUGCCAGGUUGAGUGGGAUGGCACUAGUCCUCUUCACCAACGGUAAUAUAACAUGAGAUAAUAAUAUUGCAUCACAUGAAAAAAAAGACCUUGUGAAUGUUAUACGAGCCUUACGUACCAUCAUAAAAUUCCAUAUUAUCUUGAACUUGUGAUCAGAAAAUAAUGACCCAGGGCUCGAAAUUGCGACUGAUACGGUCGCCAAUGCGACUAACAUUUUCCCCUUGGCGACUAAAAAUUCUGGUUUAGUUGCCAAAGUGGCGACUAGAUUUCUCUAUGAUUUAGAUUUAAAUUGAAAGAGUAAAGUCAAAACGAACAUUUCAUCUUAUCUUGCUUUGCUUUCAUCAUAAAAAAUGUGCCAAAUCGCAUAAACAAAGCCAGUUUACCUCCAAAUUUAUACCGACUUCUAUCCAUGAUAUUUGCAAAUCUGAUGGAUCGCGCCAUACUAUCAGGCUGCAUCAUUUACGUUAUGCAAACUGGCGACUAAAAAUUUGCAUCUUGCGACUAUAUUUCUCCAGUUGGUCGCCAAAAGUUGACCUAAGGAUUUUUUUAAUUUCGAGCCGUGUGACUUCUUGAUUGGUUUUCUCAACCACAGUAAUCUAUUCUCAGUGGACGCUCGCUUAACAAAGGCCUGGGACUCAAGAGAUGAGUUACAGGACAUGUGAGUCUGCAGGCGAGAAGGCGAUAGGACUAGAACAAGAUAAGAGAAAAAACAGGGGGGAGGAAGGAUUAAACAAACGAACCCCAAAGCAAAACGGGUGUAGACCCCCCCCCCCUCACCCCCAGAAGGGGCUUUGACGGCACAUGGAUCCAAUCCUUCUGCCCUUGCAGCCCAACUGGACAAAUUUGCUUACACACGUGUUUAUUUAUAUAAAGAAAGCCAAUCUGCAGGGAGAAACGCACACACAUGCCUGAAAUAGAUCUCUCACUACUAAUGUCACGCGAGCGAGCACUGGGAAUAGUGAAAACUAUUGAUUAAAAGACGGACGUUCAGAACAUAAUUAUUCAAAACCUUUGUCAAUAACCAAGUGUUGAGUCUGAAUAGAUGAUUAAAUAAAAACAGAUUGAAGUGCACUUAAGCAGUGAUAUUUCAGUUAUAUAAAAUCUUUGCCAAUUUGAAAUGAGCCCUACUCCAGUUUUUUGUUUCCUUGUUGCACCUGUUGCUCAAUGUAGUUCUCCAGUGUAUUAACCCUUUAAGCCCCAAUAUCCACAUACAAAUUCCGCAGACUGAUCUCCAUACAUUUCCUUAAAGAAUUAGUUGAGAGAAUUUGAUAGAAGAUCGUUCUAGUGAUUCUGAUAACUGAUAAAUAUUUUGAAGAGAAAAUAGAUGUUGGUUACUCUUGAGUGACCAACCUCAAUUUUCUCCUAAUAUUGUCAAUGCAUUAUCAAGACAAAUGGUUGCGAGAAUUAAAAAAUGAGCAGCUAAGGGAAAAAUGCUUUGACCUUUUAUCAAAUUCUCUCAUCUAAUUCUUAAAGGAAAUGUACAUGUGAGGACAUUAAUCUGAACAAUUUGAUUUGGAUAAAAAAAGAAAUAAAAAUAAAAAACAGAAAAAAGUGGUGGAGACAUUGAUCUUUGGUGAACAACAUAUUGCUCAGCCUCAUUAAAAUGUAAUAUAAUAAUUAUUAUUGUUGCACUUGACUAGCAUAUCAACAGUCUGGCAGAAAGAGUAAAAAUCUCACUUCAUUCUAUACUGGUCAUAAUAUUCAAUUGCAAGAUAAUCCACUUAGAACUUAAAAGACUUCACCUUGGCUUUGAAAAACAGUUCUGUCAAUAAUUAUUUUUAUACCCUGAGGGAUGCCAUGGGUUGCUUAUUUCUAUUUGGCUGUUAUUAUUGUUUGGUGACUCAGCUUCGAUGUAACAGCCUUGAAAACAUCAAGUUUAAACUAAAUGAUAUGGUCAAUAAAAACAAAGUUAACACAUGAUUAGACUUAAUUUCUAAUCUGUCUGUUUUGCUAAUUUUGAGACCGUGGUGCACAGUUCAAUAAUAAUCUGUUUGAAACGUUAUUGGUUAGUAAUGAAUAAAAUUGAUAUUUAGUACUGAUUAUUUAAUAUGUUAUGCUUAUACAUAUAUUGUUACAAGCUUGUCCAAUUCAAUUGCAAAUAUUAUUGUUAAUUAGAAAUAUUGUUUGUUCCUUCAAUAUUAUACAUUUAUACAGUGGCUGAAAUAACUAUUAUUUAUUGUAACACUGAAUAAUAUUGAAUUGCUGGAAGCAUAUAAACUUCAUGAAAUGUUAUGUCAAAUUUUUGCACAUUGUAUAUUGGACAGAGCAAUGUAACUUACUUACAAGGCGCUAUUUGUGCCACUUUUCCUCUACAACGAUAGUAUGUUAAUUUUUCUGAAUCAGGGCUGUCAAAAAGUUUUCAAGUAGCAGGCUGAUAAUGAAUAGUAGGUGGCUUUGGAACUCGCACCAAAGGCACAAGUUCUUGAGGGCUGAGGCGUCUAGGCACAUUUUGAAAUUAAGAGUCUCGGACAUGGCAUUUCCAAGGUUUUCAAGAGGUAUUUUCCAUCUCGGAUGCUAUGUUGUUUUGUCAGAAUACUCGCAACACUGGGCACAAUGCCAUGGAAAUGUCGCAGGUAUUCCACGACACCGCACAGUUCGAACGUUUCACAGAUCUGAACCUGUUUAAAUAUGCGUUCAGUGUGAUUCAAAACUAGAACACGGAUGCUCUACAAUUUUAUAUGAUGGUGCUUAUUUUUUGUCAGAAGUUAUGGUAGAAGGAGAUGAAAGUAGCCGGCUAAGGAUGGCUAACUAGCCGGUGGUUUUGGCCGGCUACCGACCCUUAUUGACAGCCCUGUGAAUAGUGAACCAAACUGUAAAUUAUGUGUUAACUGAAGUAGAAAAAGUGCAGUGAGAUCAAAAUGUCAACAAUCCUUGCCAAAAAUAUCCACACAUGUACGUAUAAAUGUUUAUUUACAGACCAGCAAGCUUUAAGGUCUUUUAUUCAGAUGGACUCCCUUUAAUUCUAACUUUCUCACUGAAAAAAGUGUCUAGUCUUGUGUGUGUGGAUUCAGUACAUGAAGUUAACAAUUUUCCAUGCUCUAUUGAAUGGCUCAUGAAUGGACUCCAUUCACACUUGAUAUUACCAGAUCAAUAUUUCACCGCAUAGACUGUCUAGACAUCAAAUUUUGAUAUAAGCCACAUAAUUUAGUAGGUAUGUGAGUCAUUACAAAAUGUCAAGGUCAUCUUUGUAUAAUUUCAGAGUGCAAAGAAAGUAGUGUCUGAUAGCCUGGGGCUAGUGGAUUUUGCUUUUGGGCUAGUGAAUUGUUCUUAACUUGCCUGAUAGGCAAGUGAUGUUUUUUGUGGAAUUCAAAUUGAAGAAGAACUGUGAAAUCAAUUCUGCUCAUCAAAAAUCUUUUGGGGCCAGUAGAAAUCAUGUUUGGGCUAGUAAAUGCUAGCAUCAGCUUGCCCAAAUGGCAAGCUGAAAAAAUGAUUCUCUUUGCACCCUGAAUUUCCAAAAAUGACAGGAAACAGUAUUUCUCAUGCAUGUACUGCAACAUUUUCUUUUGUAUUCGUUUUCUUAGGAAUAGAAUUAUUAGAAUCAUAGAGUUACGUUCUAUAAUACUAAUAAAUGGUUGAUCAAACAGAUUGUUAAAUCACAAGCCCAUAGCGUGUCGUACACUUUAUCUCGUGGAAAUGCUGUCGUAGUUGAGUACAGAAGAGACCCCGCAACUGACAUGUUUCAGGUAUGAAUAAUUUAUGAAUUUGAUUUUGUCAACACUCUAGCUUCAUUCUUUUUAAAUCUUUUUUAGUGGUCUUAUGGCCACACCCAGGGCUGUCACUAAGGGUCAGAACCCCCAGCUACUUUCAUAGGAAGCAGAAGGAAAAUAGACUCAAAAGAACUUCCUCGCUAUUCAUUUCCCUUUCUGCUAAUUGCAUAUACCCGGCAACUUGAAAUCUUGGUGACAGCCCUGCACCCCACUCAUCUGCCAGUACUAGAAAAAAAGCUACUCUAGUUUAGUACUUUAUUUCUACACUGCACACAUCCUGCAUAUUUCACAAGUUGUGGUGUCCAACUGAGCAGUGUUUUGUUGUUGUUCUUUAACUCUUUAAACCCCAAUGAUUUAUGUUUUCCAUACUGUUCUCCAGAACAUUACCAAUAAAACUGAUUAGGAGAUAAGGAGAAUUUGACUAGCACAUCCACUCAAAUUGGGAUUUGGAAAUUUUUAGGAGAGGAGAAAAACGGAGAGUUUAGAGAAAACCCUCUCAGGGCAAGAAUGAGUUCCUACAACAAACUCAACCCAAUUAUGGCAUUGUCUCUGGGACUUGAGCCCGCAUAGUUCGUCUCUGCUGUACCAUCUUUGCGAUAUGUAGUAAGGAAAGGAGAAGUAAAGAAGGGAGCAGCUUUUAUAUUUUUUUGGAAAAAGAGUCUUACAACCUGUUAAUGCAAGUAGCCCUCGAUCAGGUUGAGAUGAAAGUUUAAGACUGGCUUGCCCUUCUGACUGUUAGUGAAGUUAACUAGCCCACAAUAAUCAUGUAGGCCCACCAAUCCCAGUCUUUUUUACUUCAUUAACUUCAUCGCGGCAAAUUUUGCCUGCCUAACUCACAAUAUUAGAACAUGCCAGCCCAGCGGGUUUCUUCACCAACCCCAGGCUAUCACCUUUGUUGCACCUUUUGAAAGCUGAACGGGUCGUUUUCUUUUUCCAAACAGAUUGGUCGUUCAGCAGAUUCUAAAAUCGACUUUGUCGUAAUGGACACUGUUCCCGGAAACAAGCGUUCAGAAGUCAACCAGGAAACACAAAAGAGUACAAUCUCUAGAUAUUCCUGCCGCAUCGUGGUUGACAGAGAAGCACCUCACACAGCCAGGGUGUAUGCAGCUGGGUUUGACAAAUCUAGUAAUAUCUUCUUAGGGGUAUGUAUUUAACCCCAGGGGAUUGGGGUACUGCCGUGUAUGGGCUAUAUAGGCAUGUGCUGCUGUGAAGGGUAUGGUUUUCAAGCAGGUUACUCUGGGAUAGGGUAUAUAAAUCAAAGAGUUUGGGUCUAGAAUAGGGUAUCAUUUUCCAGGAACUGAUCAAUCAAUUGGUUGAAGAUUUUAGUCUAGAGUAGGGAAACCAACAAUUGCCAUUCAAAAAUAUUAAAAAAAUCAAAUCGACAAGUUUAGAUUUACCCAACUCAGCCUAAAAGCUACUCUAGGAUAGGGGGAUUUGGGGAGUCUAGUCUAGUGUAGGGUGGCAAAAUUCAGCUGAACUAGCUCUGGUAUUGGCUAAGGGUUCCAGGGUCUCAGCAGCACAUUCCCUCCCAAACAUUCGUAAAGUGCCCCUCCCGGGCAUGGAACGAGCAAUUUGCUUAUACUUAUAUUACAGAAUUAGUCCAACCAUACCCUGCAAGCAGAGGUGUCUCACUUGCAUGUCCUCUAGCAUUUGUGAAGUCAUUUGCAUUGCUUGUCUGUUGCGUAGUUGGUUUGUUUUGUACGCCAUACAAAACAAACCAACUACCCAACAGGCAAGCGAUGCAAAUGACUUCAUAAACACUAAAGGCCAUGCAAGAGGGAAACUUCUGCUCGCAGGGUAGUCCAACCAGCAAUUAUCUUGUCACAUGUAACAGCACUGAAAGAAAGGCCAUUAGCUUAUCAUAGUGAGAUUUUGCCACUGUAGUGGAACAUGUGCAUUUCGGAGUAUUUUGUCUUUAAUCAGUCAUCAGUGACCAGUUUUAAUCAGUUUGCUACUUUUUAUCAGAUGUCAUUUUUCUGCAGUUGUAUUUUGUAUUCUUUCCUGUAUGACUGUCCCCUUAUUCUCCAAUCUGUAAAUAGUCUGGUUGGCUGAACAAUGCUAGAGGUAUGAAGGAAGUACUGUUGUUUUUGAGAGACAGAACAAAGACAACACUAGUCAGACUUCAUUCAAGACCAUGUCCAUAGGGUUCACAGUCACUCAUGUUAUAUGACUUGAGGCAAGACUAGGAUAGCACAUAAGCAUGCAGAAAAUAGACUCCCAUAACUACACCUGGAUUGUACCUAAUGAUCACUUGUUGGAUGGAAAAUUUCUGCAAACUUGCAUAUUUCUCUUGCUCCACCAUCUCUGUGAAAAUAAAAUAUAAAUGAUGGACUACUUGUAGUCUUCUGAAUGCGGUCAAUUAAUUAUUAAUUGACUGCAUUCAGAAGACUACAAGUAGUCUGUCAUUUUCCUUAGGGACUGCAGAGUGCAUUAAUUUUGCAUGCACAUGAGAAAAUCACCACCCACGAGGAAGAUGAUACAUAGAGGAGAAAAAAGAGAAAACAAGGGACUAAAGACUGUUCCCAGCUUGGGCACCCCCCUGGGUGCAAGAGGAUUUUCAUGGGUGAUUUCCGGUUUUGGUCAAGUUUUCAUAGUGAUCUGUGUGAAAAGCUUUGUUUCGUUGCUUCGCCUCUUGUACCUGGGGCGAACUCCGAAACAUCCCACCGCAUGUGAGAAAAAACCUCUUGUACCCAGGCAAAGACAUUUGACUCUUCUCUCUUCCCUCCUUUUAUGUCGCCUUCCUCGCGGAUGGUAAUUUUCACGUACACAGGAAUAUUACACUUGCUCUGCUAUCCCUGGCUGCCUACACAUUCAGUUCCACUCUAAUAAUUGUACCUAUCCUUCACCAGUAACUCACUAAUCUUGGGUAUAACUCUAAUAGGAAAAAGCUCCAAAAUGGCAAAAUGAAGAGAAUAUGAUGGAUGGGCUUACAACCAAUGGAGUUCUUCUAAUGAAUCCCAAGGGAGGUGACACAUGUCAACCGACAAUAUGGCGGGAAAUAUCUGUGUGUGGAAAUGUGUAUGGACUCCGCAAGACAAGGUCAACAACCGAAAAAGGAAAAACCGUAAGUUAACCAAGAAUAAAUCUUUCACCUUAUUCCAAUGGUAAUUCCCAUUAACUUCCUUUGGUAAAAAGCAAUUUCGAUGAUUAACUCAUGUCACCGAAAAGAAGCAAGGAAAAUCACUUCUGUGAAGAGGCUUAGAAGUUAUAUACUAACUACAUGUAGUUACUGGUGACGGUGGCAGCAGCAGCAGGGUCUUUGAAUUCUGAUAAUUUACUCCUGAUAUGGCGAACCAGAAAAAUGAAAUUUCUUGUUGUAAAAUCCAAAGAAAUAAAGACCACUAUACUUAAGUUCUACCAAAGAGGUGUCAUUUGAAUGGUAUCUUACAACAACAACAACAGUUUAUUGCAAGCUCUCCUAUUUGGGCAAGGGAAGCGUGCCUCGCGAGACUCGUUUCACUCGCCCAAAUAGGAGAGCUUGCUGGCAGGCUAGGUGUAUGUUACCCACAAUUAGCGGAGCUAUUCUAUAGGUGGGCAACAAUACAAUAAUUGUCUUCUAUAAAGUCGGCACUCUCACCUUAUAACCUGGUUGAGGAGUGAAAGAAUUUAAUGGGCGUGCUGUGUGUCGAAAGGAGUGAGAGAAACAGUUUGACUGUUUUGAUUUUACCGUACUCGUCGUUUUCUCAGGUUGAAGAUGAGUCCAAUGUUUUACUUGAUGGAUCGUUAAUUGAUCUUUGUGGCGCGGUUUUGCUGUGGCGAUCAACUGAUGGUCUGAAGGAAAUGGCAGUAUGUCUAAGUUUUUUAUACUUUCAAGGUUACUGAUUAAAUCACCAUUAAUACUAAACAAAGAAAGUCAUUACAGUAAAUAAGGUUAUCAUAUGUAGUCUUAAUUUAACAAUACAGUCAUGUUAGUUGAUAAUUUUAUGUCAUGGUGGACCUUAGAAUAUUAGUUAUAUUCUUAGAAUUGUUUCUUUUACCUAUUGUUUGGAUUUGUGCGAUAGAAAUGUUCUUUGAACUUGACAGCCUAUAAUAAUUACAGUCAUGUAAGUAAAAAAAAACACAAGCAAAGUCAAGGAAGAAGCCUUACCAUAACUUGAGAGCAAUAUGUAUACAGCUAUUUUGAGAAAGGUUGUCGGAAAAAGGAAAACGCGACCAUCCCGAAAGGUAUUGUGAGUGGUUUUGAGUUCACAGUUCUUCAAAGAAAUUUGAAAGAAUGGCACGAGAGGCCAUAGACUUAUUUUUGCGAAUGCUAACAGAAAGUGACAACAGAAGAUUCGACAGCUACAGUGUCAGGAACAGCGUAUUGAUCAUAUCCCACAUUACCUUUCGGGAUUGUCGUGUGCACAUUUUUUCCGAUAACCUUUCUCGAAAUACCGUAAAAUUCCGAAAAGAAGCCCCUCCAUGUAUAAGCCCCUCCAAAUAUACGCCUCCCAAACUCGUAACGCAAAAAAUGCUCCGUUUAAUCGCCCCUCCGAAUAUAAGCCCCCCCUGGGCUUGUACUUGGAAAUUGCCCCCAAAUACAAAGUAAAACAAAGCAAAAACGGUAAAUUUCCUUCCAACCAUAAGGCUAGCCCAAUCGAUUUUGAAACGCAAAUUUCCCUCGGAUCCAUAGAUAAGCCCCUCCAAACAUAAGCCCCUCAAAAAGGGUCUCUGAAAUAUAUAAGCCCCGGGGCUUAUUUUCGGAAUUUUAGGGUACCUGCAAAAAAACCCGUCCAAUUUUACUGUUUUUCAAUUUUCAGACCCUAGAAACCAUAGAUAAAAUGAGAGAACGACUUAAUGCUUCUCGGCCCCAGUGCCCUGUUGGACUGACGACGCUGAGAUUUCCAGGCCAAUUUUCUGAGGUAACACUGGCAAUCAGGUUACUGAGUAUUUUUAUUAUUGAUAUUUUUUAUGACACCAAAGUCUACUCGUCCUCCCUUGCGAUUAGUUAAAUUUUGCGUCCAAUGUUACGAUUAAACUGAAUAUCUCUUUAAAACAGAAUUGUUUUCUUAAAAAAUUCGCCACUUGCGCAUAGUCUCCCAUAAUGCACCUUGUUUGCCCCCCAAAAUUUUGCAUAAGCAUUGUUCUCAAUUUCUCUUGGGACGACUGUAAUUCCCAGGAGAAAUAAAAGCAGCGAGACUCAUAAUCUGCAACCCGUUUUUCUUCGUAUUUAUGACACAAAAAGGGGGUCAUUGUGCCAGGCGUUCCUAGCGGAGACCGUGGAAACUGGGAAUAAGAAUGGUUAUGUAACAGAAGCCACACAUGUUUUGCGAAGAAAGCUUAGGAAAGAUUAAGGGCCUGUUUACAUGGAGUUAGGGGACCCCAGGUAGGUGAGGUAACCCGCUUAGGUGGGGCAACCCGCCUGUCCAUAUAAUCUUACAUUUUACUUGGAUCACGUUUACUUGAUAGGUGGGGUGACCCGCCUAGGCGGGUAGCCCGGUCUGCCAGACCGGGUAACCCUCUCAGCCGGGGUCAAAUUUUGCCAUGUAAACGUUUCAAGGUGGGGUAACCCGCCUAGCCGGGGUCGGGAUUCGGAAUACAUCAAAUUCGCGCAAAAUUCAUUUCGGCGGUGGCUUUGCAUCAUUAUUAAAGGUAGCAAUAGAAAGCCACAGCACUGAGGGUUGCAGCAAGAGCAGCACGUGAGUGUAGAAGAGCAUUAAUCGCCAAAACACGAGGUUUGCCAGCAUUUUUCUUGUUUACGUGCUUAGCGACCAUUCAGAAAGUGUACCCCGGGAUGGCGGGGUUGUAAGAUUGCAUGUAAAGGAGGGUUAUUUUUUUACCCCACCUAAACGGGUUACCUCACCUAUCUGGGGUCCCCCUCCUUCAUGUAGAUAGGCCCUAAAUUCGGAGCUUUUGCGAAACGUGUCGGUCCACGAAUUCUGUCGCUUGAAAGCGUUGAUUACUUUGGAACAAGUGAACACUACUGAGUGGUCGAAAAAAAAUAAGAAUCUCAAUUAGCAAAACUGCGAUGGUCGGGUGUUGUAAACUUUCAUGGUAUGCAAAUGGCUCUUGUGCUGAGCAUGCGGUUUAUUUUCGGUUAUGAUUGAAAUGACGUGCCAUGUAAAUCACUUUUUUGAUCUUUGACAGUGUUGUGGUUUCUCUGGAAUCGAGGCCCCUUGAAUUUUCGUGUAUUUAUACGCGCGUAUAGCCUGCGACCGCAGCCGUAUUUCCGGUCGUUGCUAACACGCGUACUAAAUCAGUUCCGAAACAAAUAAAGAGUAAUAUCCUGAAGUAUACUCGACGUCGCUAAAGUAGGAAGUAAAAAACCUUUAACGAGUAAAUCCUGCUUUGUGUAGCAAUAAUCGCCUCCUCAUUUCUCGAUCUAAUCUCCAAGCAAGCGAGACUGACCGGUGCUGUAAGAGCGUUCUUGUUGCUAUUAGAUAAAGAGAGGCCGAUCGAUUUAUGUAGUUUUUGUUCAGUGAGUCAUCAGAACUCUGGUUGUAUACAUGUUGUAAUUCAUGCACUAUAACAUCUUUGCAUUUCCCUUUUUCAGCAGCAGUCCUCUUCCGGCAGUGUACCUUAUGUGUAUUUGAAAUGUGGUCACGUACACGGCCUGCAUUCCUGGAAUUCACCCGACACAUUCAGUGUGAAUUCAACUCAGGACAAGCGGACAUGCCCCGUCUGUUUACAGGUUGAUUUGCAAAGAAAUUGAUUUAACAAAUAGGAUAUUAUCUGAGUAAUUCACUAGAUCUUAUUCUAAAGCAACAGAAUCAGCCUUCUUAACGUCGUCAUUCUGAACCUGUCGAGCAAACAGUUCGAUUGCGACUCCGACUUUGAAUUCGCGUUCGGAAGGUAAAGUGUUUCCCUACUCCUCCCAUUCAAUUUCCCUUCUGAUUCCGUACAUAUUUGUACCAGAAAAUUAAAAGCUUUACUACAGAUGGUCUCUUCAACUGGCUUAGUAGCUGUUACAGCACUCUAGUUUGACUUAAACAAUUAAACGAAGCACAAGGCAGCACUUAUUGAUAGCUUAUAGUUGUAGUGCAUCUUUUCUUUAGUGUACAAUAAUGAGUGAGCCUUUCUAUUUCCAUCUUUAACGUUAACAGACCAGCAGUUACGUUCCGUUGAGCCUGGGAAGAGAACCAGCUUUCUAUAAAGGGGAACCCGCAGCCACUCACGCCUUUGUUCCGUGUGGCCAUGUUUGUUCUGAGGAAACUGUGCGGUAAGAUAUUAAACUAUGGUGAACAGAUGAAAUCUUUUGUCGAAAAACCUCCAAUAAGCGUACGUAGCGUGCGUCGGGGCGUUUCAUAUUUCCCGUAAUUUGUUUUAACCUUCUUUGUCGGUAGAUGAAACAAAAUAUAAUCAUUUAUAUUAUAGACCUUGACGACUUUUUUUUUGUUUUCUCUAGAAGUUAGUCUCAGAAUGGAAAAAGUAUGUUUUAUUUCUCUUCAACAGGAAUUGUUGCGAGUAAGGCGCAAAGUGCCAAAAGCGUUGAUUCUCGUUACAUUGGUUACGCAUUGCAGCCGAGUGUAAACGUACCCUAAACAACCCUUAGUGUAUCUGGGUAGCAUCCAGCCAGGCACUGUCACACUGCUAACCAGUGGAGCCUAGCAUAAAGUACCGGGGAGGGGGGCAGGAUAGGGAGCAAAAACACUAAACGUACAAACAACGAGCGUAAACCAGAACGUAACUACCUGGCCUCAACAGAGAAGCUAUAAAAAACUCAUCGGCUCCUGCGAAGCUAUUAGAACGCUUCUGGUAAUCUGGCGUGAAAAAGGCUGCUAGUCAACAUUGUCUAGAGUUAAACUUAGCCUAAAUUUCAUUGAGCCACGUUUCAAUAUUUUGGUUCCGUUGUUGCUAUUUGCCGAUCAGCAUUUUGCUUUGUUUUAGGUUCUGGCAACAGGUGCCCAUUCCCCACGGUUGCGACGCGUUCCAGGCCAUUUGUCCUUUCUGCGCAGUUCCGCUUGAAGGAGAAGACGGUUUUGUCAAGCUCAUAUUCUCCUCAGAUGAAUAACCAUGUAAAGACUAUAUAAAGAAGUUGUACAAUUUUAUCGAAAAUAUAUCGAUGCAGUAUUUGAUUUGUAAAAAUUAUCCUUCCAAGCCAUUUAAUUUAUUUCUCAAAGGUUGUAGUUUUCUUAUCAUUUCUGUCCAGCUAUUAUUUCUUCAGUGAAUUAUCCUGCAACGUACGUGAUUACUUAUUUUCGUAUAAUUUAUCGAACAGUAUUUCUUCUUCACGAUUCCGUAUCGUAGAAUAAUUUGCCUCUUUGUAGCAUUCAGAAAAAAAAAGAAUUGCAUGAAUAUUCUUGAGGGUUUUAUCGCAAUUUUUUUUAAAAAAAGUAAUCCAAAGUAAUCUUCUUCAGCAUGGUUUCCCAUGCUUGGUUAUUAACCGUUUACCAGUUCCCUACCAUGUCCAAGAUCCUUCUCUUUCGACUGAGACGAUAUCGCACUUGUGUAAAACAAACUUAAAGUAAAGGGCUGAAAGGGUUAGAAACCUUAAAGAUCCAGAAGUAUUUUACAGUAAAUUCAAAGGUAGUUUGAUACAUUUUUUAAAUUACACCUGAACUUGGAUUUCUUGGUGUUAGGUUGUUUCGCUACAGAGUGUUCUCGUUACAAAAUUAACAA